GUAACGGCCGAGAGCCCCGUCGACAUUGCUCGUGACAAUCGCGAGAGGAAGGAUCCUUGCGCUAAGCGCGCGGCGGUCGCCUUCCAGAUCGUUCUUCGUUACCAGCGCCGAGCAGCAGCACCGGCAACCGCAGCCCAGCCCGAAGAUGCCGCCGCCAACCUUCAACCCCACCACCGGCAUAGAUGGCCCCCUCGUCGGGUCGCGGUCCAUGCGCGCCGUGCCCCUGCUGUGGUGCCGACAGCUGUACAUCAUCCUCUGGAAGAACGUGUACGUGAAGCGGAUCAGCCGCCACUACCUGACCACGGUGCUCGAGGUGGCGCUCAUGGUGACGCUGCUGCUGGGCAUCCAGGAGGACUCGGUGGUCCGGGAGCCCAUGGUGCGCCGAGGGGACACCGUGUUCAACCCGAUCAAGACCGACGCCUUCUGGAACACGCAGCGGGACGUUGCCCACAUAGACACGGUGUAUUUCGCGCCGAAGAGCAAGUACCUCUCGGCGCUGACGCGCUCGGCUUUCGGCGCGCUCCGCGUGAGCAAGGUGAUCGAGGUGCCGACGGAGCAGCAGCUGAUCGAGCGCGCCCGCGAGGACGCCAACUACGCCAACGGCACGCUGCCGGCCACCAGCGUGCUCCUCUUGUACACCAACCACGCGGGCGCGAACGACACGGUGGUGCCCGUGAGCCUGCACGUGCGCAUGUACGCCGGACGCCUGCCGUUCGACCUGCAGGUCCUAUAUCAGCAGAGGCUCAUCUCACAGCCCGAGGGACCCGUGGCCGAGGAACGGUUCCCCGAGAUGAACACCAUGCUGCCGGUGAUGGCAGCACUGCAGCAGCGCCACCUGGAGUUGCAGGCUGAGCGUUUCGGCUACGAGCACACCGUGAAGCCGCUGAAGCUGCAGCGCUUUCCUUUUCCGAGCUACCUCGAAUACAAGGACACCAAGAACUACGCGCUGGUGCUCACCCGGUUCUGCAUCGGCAUGCUCAUCCCCUUCUCCUUCUUCGUCGCUCGACUCAGCGACGAGAAGGCGACCGGCAUGAAGGAGAUGCUUCGGGUGAUGGGGCUGAGCGACUGGGUGUACUGGGUGAGCCACUACCUGAGCGGCUUCUUCAUGCACCUGAUCACCGUCACCCUCAUGAUGCUCUUCGUGAGCGUCAAGAGGAACGAGGAAGACCGCUCGUUCAUCCAGUUCAGCGACCCGCUUCUGCUCUUCACCAUUCUCAUGUGCUUCUGCAGCAACUGCCAGAUGCACGCCAUACUGAUCUCCAUGUUCUUCACCAGCUCCCAGUACGCCAUCGCCGGAGCCAUGCUGUACUGGACUUUCAGCUGCGUGAUGCCCUUCCUCACGCUGGAACAGGCUGGCGGCCAAGGCUACUACUAUAUACAACGCAAGCACAAGCUGUGGACAUCAAUCUUCCCCGGCAUGAGCCUCCACUGGAGCUUCCGCGUCCUGGAGCGCUUCGAGAAGUUCGUCCCCAACGGGGCAAACUGGAGCAACUUCUACGACCGUUCCGCGACGCCGGACAACAUCACGUUGGCCGAGCUCCUGUUCGUGGGCCUCAUGUGCGACUGCACCAUCAUCUUCCUGGUGUGGUACUUGGACAACGCUCUGCACGUGGGCCCCGGCAUCUCGAAGCCGUAUCUAUUUCCCUUUCAGAGCAUCUACUGGAUUCCGAGGAUGUCUGAGCUGCGAGCGCCACCCAAGUCGGUCGACGAACAGGUGAACUUCGAGCCAGAGCCGACGAACCAGCUGGUCGCGAUCGAAAUCAUCAACGCCAGCAAGGAUUACGAUGGUGUGGUGGCCGUGCAAGACGUCUCCAUGCGCGUCUUCGAGAACCAGAUCACCGUGCUUCUCGGACACAACGGCGCAGGGAAAACAACUCUGCUCAACAUGAUCACCGGCUUCUUGGACUCAAGCUCUGGCGUCGUGCUUGUGGGUGGCUACGACGUCAAGACCUGCACAAGGGAUGCGCGCGACAGCAUCGGAUACUGCGCGCAGUACAACAUCCUCAUCGACGACCUGAGCGUCGAGGAACAUCUGAUGUACUUCGCUAUCAUCAAGGGCGUUCGUCUAGAGAAGGCGCGCAGCGAGGUGCGCAACCUCCUGCAUGACGUGGCCCUCCUGGACCAACGCGCGACGCUCGCCGUGGACCUAUCACUGGGGCAACAACGACGGCUUUGCACCGCAAUGGCCAUCAUAGCCACGCCGAAGGUGAUCAUACUCGACGAGCCGACGGCAAACAUGGACCCGGACGGCCGCCGCGAGAUGUGGGAGUUGCUGCUCAAGGUGCGCCGAUCCUGCUCCAUCUUCCUCACCACUCAGCACCUGGACGAAGCGGACGUUCUCGGCGAUCGAAUCGUCAUCAUGGCCCACGGACAGAUCAGGUGCGGCGGCUCGCCGACUUUCUUGAAGCACCGAUAUGGUGCGGGCUACCACAUGAAAAUCAACAAGCUUCACAGGUGCAACGUGCCAGCGAUCGAGGAGCUGUUGCACAAGUACGCGCCCAAGGCUAAGCUGCAGAGCAACUCGGACAACGAGGCGGUCUUCAUCUUGGGGCAGAUCAUCGCGACGCGGAAGCUCGUCAACAUGUUCAAGGCUCUCGAGAACCGCAGUGCCGAGCUCGGCAUCGCCUCUGUGGGCAUGACGGUGACCUCCCUGGAGGACGUGUUGGUGCGGGUGGCCGAAGAGCAGCACAUCCACCGCAAGGCCCACAACCUGGGGCCCGUGGCAAGCGAGGAGCCCUCGCUCGUCGAUGGCAAGCUGUCCGUCAUCCGGAUCAUGGCCAGCGCCACGUCCACGGAACCCUCGGCCUUGUCGUGUGUCUGCGCCGUGCUUCACAAGCGAGCCACGUACAUGUGGCGCGAGAAGAAGAUGCCCCUGUUCAGCUGGAUGCUGCCGCCACUCCUGCUCCUGCUGCUCUUCUUCCUCGAGGACGUGGGCCUACGCGGAAGCGGCUACGACGUCGAGCACGAAGGCGGACGCGUCGGGUACACCUUCCCCGAAGUGAUCGGAACCGCCCAGGGUUUCUACGCCGUGGAAACGGACAAGUCGUUCACCGACAAGUGGCUGCGCCCGUUGACCAGCGACGCGAGCGAGUACAUCAUGGAAGAAGAGGACGCGUCCACCGACCUCACGAAAUAUCUCCUCGACAUCGCCAAGGACACGUUGCGCAAAUAUGUCUUCAACAUGCACUUCGGCGUGCAGACGACCAAGCGUAAAGGGAAUGUGCUCUGGUACAACGGUCAGAUCCAGCACACGGCGCCCCUGGUGGUGACGCUUUACAACAUGGCGCGGCUCCGGAACGUCACCAAGGUGGCCGCGGCCAGCCUCACCUUCGAACUGUCGGCGCGCGGCUCGGAGGAACUCCACGCGGCGGCGGGAAGCGGGACCGGCGUCCUCGAGGAGGACAUCCGCAGCCAGAACACGUACCGCACCCUCCUGCCCAAGGUCCUGCGUUCCAUCUUCUUCCCCCUCGUGACCAGCCUCAUGUGCAGCAAUUUCGUCAUCUUCCCGACCGCCGAGAGGACGCUCAAGGUGAAGCACCUGCACCUGAUCGCCGGCAUGGGCCCCGUGCUCUACUGGCUCACGAACUACGCCUUCGACUUCAUGUUCUACAUGGGCACGGCGCUGAUAGUGCUGCUUCCGCUGCCACUCGUCCCCCACACGACGUUAUCCACCGAAGACUUCCAGCUGAUCUUCCUGCUCAACCUGCUACACGGCUACGCUGCUCUACCGGCAAUCUACAUCUGCUCCUUCGUGUUCGACAGCCCCAUCGUAGCAUACUCGCAGCUGGUCAUCUUCACGUUCAUCAUCUCUUCGGGAGGUUCCUUGGCCGCGGUGUUCAUGGAGCACUACGGCGAGGAUCUCAACAACGCCUUGCUGACCACGGCCAUCGAAGUGACGCUGCAGGUGCUGAGGCUGCUGCCCUCGCAGUCCUACUCUCGCGGCAUGACCAAGAUCCUCCAGCUGGCCAGGGAGAACGGGCUGUGUCGCCGAGGUGGACUGCAGCUCGAAAGCCGCUGCCACACCAAGCAGGCACAGGGCCGACUGUCCCUGCUGCAGUGCUGCUUGCACCUCCACACGCCGGACCCGUCCGAGUACAUCAUCCACCCGCUGGACGUGAGCCCGUACUCCGCCUUCUACGAGUUCCUCACGCUCUCCAUCGAGGGAGUGGUGCUGUUCGUGCUCCUGGUGUGCAUCGAGGUGUGGCUCCCCUGGGUGGACAAGUCGCUGAGCGCGCGUAGCACCAGUGUCCACCGGGAGAGAUACCCAGAGGCCAAGCCUUCCCACGCCGUGGGGAAGGCGCUGACUGGCACCAAGAAGAAGCCGGAAGACACGGACGUGACGAUUGAGAACAAGCUGAUCGUGGGGCUCGUGAAAAAUCCGACGGCGACGCCCGCAUCGGGACCUCUCAUGGUGGUGAAUCGCCUCUUCAGGUCCUACGGCUACGUCGAGAGCAAUCCCGUGCUGCAGGGGUUGAGCUUCACCGUGCACUCCGGCGAGUGCUUCGGCCUGCUGGGCGUUAACGGCGUGGGAAAGACCACCACCUUCCGCGUGCUGGCGAGCGACAUUCUGCCGCACGACGGGGACGCCCUGAUCUCCGGCUUCUCCGUCGUCAAUGACACGCACAUGUAUCGGCGCUACGUCGGCUACUGCCCGCAGCGAGACGGCGUGCUCGACAUGCUGACUGGCACCGAGACGCUGCAGUUGUUCGGGCACCUCAAGGGCAUCGCCGUCACGCCGCAGUACCUGCACGUGUUGCUGCACAUCUUCCGCCUGCAGGAGAUCGCCGAACAGCUCGUCAUCACAUUCAGUGCUGGCAACCGGCGGAAGCUCUCCCUCUGCGUCUCGGUGAUGGGAAUGCCCCGGAUGCUGCUACUGGACGAGCCUUACGCCACAAUAGCACCGGCAGCGCGAAAGCGCAUCGUCAACUACAUCAACGCCCUGCAGCAAGUCAGCAAGAUGUCUAUACUGCUCAGCUCGCACAGCCUGUCGGACGUCGAAUUCCUGUGCAACCGGAUCGCCAUCAUGGGCGAAGGGCGUCUCCAGUGCCUCGGCUCGCUCGCGCACCUCAAGGAGAAGUUCGGCAAGGGCUACACCAUCAGCGUCAAGACGUACCCUGACAAGAAGCAGGACUUCGGGUACCAGCAGGACGUCGCCGAAGCGGUGUGCAAGGCCUUCCCGGAAGCCGAGAUGGUGCACACUUGCGAGGGUCUCCUGGAGUUCCGCAUGUCGCGGGUGCAGAUGCAGUGGAGCGAGAUGUUCACGCGCAUGGCGCGCAUCAAGCAGCGCUUCAAGCUGCAGGACUUCUUCAUCACGGACACCUCGCUCGAGCAGAUCUUCACGAGCGUGACGCGGAAGGAGGCGUUCGAGGCUGCCGCCGCGGCCGCCGCCGCACCGGCAGCCACCGGCGCGCUGCCGCCCGUCCUGGGCACAACGCUGGGACUCUGAUGAAGGCGGCUGCGUGCCCCUCUGCCGUGUUGCGCGCACUCUCGCCUGGAGCGCCACGCGCAAGCGCUGUGUCCACGCGCCAGGAAGCUUGGCCGUGUGGGCUCCCGUCGGGUCGAACAGAUACAUUUGUCGGCUGACAUUAAAAGAAAACAAAGAAAAUACGAGCGGGCUUUCCGCGGAAUUACCACACUUCUCUGCCCGUACAUUCAAUCUUAACUAAACAGAUAACCGGCUCGUACAUCUUACAUACCAUGCUAUGCCAGCGCGGUUAGGAAAUUGCGAAGACAACUGAGCAACAAUGGACGAGCGUUCUUCUGUCGCCUUUGGCUCUUCGCGCUUUCCUAACCCUGAAUUCGCACCGACUCGCCCACUUCCCCGUGUGUUGAAGU